AUGGAACAGUCUGAUCCGUGGGCAAUGACCAGUGAUCAGAGAGCCUACUAUCUGGCACAAUUUUUGCGGCUUCAACCCGAUCCUAGUGGCUUCUUAAGUGGUCAAACAGCGAAGUCUUUCUUCGAACUCUCUAAACUUCCGGUCAGCGAACUAUCUCUCAUUUGGGAGUUGUCCGACGUGGACUCUGAUGGACAGCUGACUCUGAGUGAAUUCUCCGUAGCUAUGCAUCUGGUGGUGCUUCAUCGGAAUGGAGUAAUGCUGCCGUCCAGAUUGCCCGACAGUCUGCGCGCUGUGGCCACCUCAAGCGCCCUCUCGGCCCCCCCACCCCCACCGCCCGUGGACCCCUCCUCCGCGAUCUCGCCGCCGGACCCGCCGGAUGUCGCGGCCACGUCGGCAGUCGAGCGCCGCGCUCACCUCGGCGAGCACCGCUCCCUGGACUCGGCCUGCCAGGAGUCCGUGCGUCUCGCGCAGCCCCCACACAGACGAUGGUCCGCCUCGAGCCAAAGCGAUGCAGUCUCCCUCGCCGAAGGCAUGACCUCCUUCGACGGUCGACUCGCACCCAAUGCUCAGGUUCGACAUCCGAUCGCGAUUCGAGCCAACCCCGUGCCGGUGGGUGGUGGCGCUCAAGACGGCGCCCCUCGUCCCCCCACCCCUCCCCCCAGAGCCCGGGCGAAGACUGUGACCUCCACGUCCAGACCAUCGGCUUCUGCUGUUCUACACCAGUCCUCUCCUCCUCAAACUCCGCAAUUUCAGAACUCCUCAUCAAAGGGAACAUCUCAGUCGCAAUCAGAGCUGCAGAAUCACCGGAUCCAGCAACUAACAGCCAUGCUGCUGCCAACUCAGGCGGAGUGCGAACGCAUCAUGCGCGAGAACAACGAGCUCACCUCGGAAUUGGUGGGCCUGCAGAAGCGCAGGAUUGCCCUCGAGAUUCUCUUGGAGCGACUAACACCUCUGUGA